ACACGGAGCAGAAGAAGAUGGCUGAGGCCCAGAAGGGCAUUCGCAAGUACGAGCGGAGGAUCAAGGAGCUGAGCUACCAGGCUGAGGAGGACCGGAAGAACCUGACACGGAUGCAGGACCUGAUCGACAAGCUGCAGAGCAAGGUCAAGAGCUACAAGCGCCAGUUUGAGGAGGCAGAGCAGCAGGCCAACUCCAACCUGGUGAAGUACCGCAAGGUGCAGCACGAGCUGGACGAUGCCGAGGAGCGUGCUGACAUCGCCGAGACGCAGGUCAACAAGCUGCGUGCCCGCACCAGGGAGGUCAUCACCUCUAAGCACGAGUAGCAGGAGCCCAGCUGCCUGCUGUUGGUUGGAGGCAAGUGGCUGCAACAGUCACUGCCAGCUUUGCACUGCGUGAAUAAAAGUAGAUGUGC